GGAUCCGCUUACGCCCGGCUCCGCUGUCGCGGGCCUUGGGCGGGAGGCUCAGGACGCGGCGGACCCCGCGCACCAUGGACAGUGCUGCGCCCCGCGAACCCGGGGCCACCGAGCCCCCCGCCCGCGCGCGCCCGCGCCUAGUGUUCCGCACGCAGCUGGCGCACGGCAGCCCGACCGGCAGGAUCGAGGGCUUCACCAACGUCCGCGAGCUCUACGCCAAGAUCGCCGAGGCCUUCGGCAUCGCUCCUACCGAGAUCCUAUUCUGCACCCUCAACAGUCACAAAGUGGACAUGCAAAAGUUGCUGGGGGGACAGAUUGGGCUGGAAGACUUCAUUUUUGCACAUGUGCGUGGAGAGACCAAAGAAGUGGAAGUCACCAAAACAGAGGACGCUCUAGGACUGACCAUCACAGACAACGGGGCCGGAUACGCCUUCAUCAAGAGAAUCAAGGAAGGCAGCAUUAUCAACCGGAUUGAGGCUGUGUGCGUGGGGGAUAGCAUUGAGGCCAUCAAUGACCACUCAAUUGUGGGCUGCCGGCACUACGAGGUGGCUAAAAUGCUGCGGGAGCUGCCCAAGUCUCAGCCCUUCACCCUGCGUCUUGUGCAGCCCCGGAGAGCCUUCGAUAUGAUUGGCCAGAGGAGCAGGAGCAGCAAGUGUCCUGUGGAAGCUAAAGUGAGCAGCGGGAGGGAGACACUGCGCCUGCGCUCAGGGGGCGCUGCCACUGUGGAGGAGGCGCCCAGCGAUGUGGAAGCGGCAGCGGCGCGCAGGGUGGACGACCUGCUGGAGAGCUACAUGGGCAUCCGAGACCCCGAGCUGGCGGCCGCGGUGGUGGAGACUGCUCGGAGCUCGGCGGGAGCCCAGGCUUUCGCACGCGGCCUGGACGCCGUUCUGGGCGAGUUCGCCUUUCCAGACGAGUUCGUGGUGGAGGUGUGGGCAGCCAUCGGCGAGGCCCACGACGCUUGUGGCUAGCCUGUGUGGGAGUCUCCAGUCCUGGGCCCAGCCCCCUACCCCAACGCCACUCCAGAACCCAGGACAGCCCUGAGACACGGUCAGCCACCAGAACCCAACCCAGUUCUGAGACCCAGGCCCA